AUAAAAACCUCUCUCUCCACCCCCGCCCCCAUCUCUGAUAUCAACCAUGGCGAAAAUAUCGCCAACCCAUGUGCCGCUUUUUUCUUAUUAAUACCAGCCCACUACUUUAUAUGCUCUCUCUCUCACUUCAAUUCCACACUAAGAGAUACACACACAGACACUCUCUAUUUGGUUCGGAACGAUGUCGAUCACGAUCGAACGGUCCAAAUUCAUCCACGGCGGUGGCGUGCCCUGUGGUCGGAUCUACAACUCGCCGAGGUUCCCGACGGAGAGAGGGGGUGACUUGGACUCUUGUAGCUCAUCGUCGGUUGGGAGGAACAGUGACUCGUCGGGCGGGUCAUCGGACGGUGGUGAUGAGUCGGGAGGGGAGACUGAGGUUCAGAGCUCGUAUAAGGGACCGUUGGAUACCAUGGAUGCUUUGGAGGAAGUUUUGCCGGUCAAGAGAGGCAUAUCCAAGUUUUAUAGUGGCAAGUCAAAGUCCUUCACAAGCCUAGCGGAUGCCUCAUCUGCUACCUCUAUUAAAGACCUCGAGAAGGGAGAGAAUCCAUACACCAGGAAACGCAAGAAUUUAUUAGCUCAUAGUAAUUUCUUUGAGAAGAAUCACAAUUAUACUUUGAAAAACAGCAGUGGUGGGAUAUCAAAGAGACCGGCAAACACCACUCGAGGCGCAUUUCCUAUGGAUUUGACCACAACUAGCUCUGGAAGCAAUAAUAAAAGUGAGGACUCCAACUCAGUUUCAACAUCACCGUCUUUCUGUCUUCCACCUCUGCCUCCACAUGGUAAAAAAACGCCUUGCAGUAGCUCAUCACCACCACCUUCACGGCGAAAUUCUCCUUGGCGAUCAUUCUCUCUGUCUGAUCUUCAGUGUGUUGCUGCUGCGACUCCUAACAUAACUGGAUUGACAAUUUGUAGUGGAGACAAGGACAGCAAAUCACAUUGACAUUUUAGUUUGUGUUUCAUUACACGCCAAGUCUGAGGUUGGAAGCAUGGUUGCAGUGUCGUCCUUUGCAGGCAGUUUCCUGGUUUAAUCUUACGGCAUUGCCCAUUGUACUGAUAGCUCUAGGUAUACCACGUCUGGGCAUUUCUAGAAUAUGAUUGUAACGGUACUUUUCUUUUUUUUUUUCCCACUUUGCAUCGGCUUUGGCCAUUAUGUAAUGACUAGAAUGCUUUAUUGUAUCAUAUAGAAGAACUUUAAAUUUUGCUUC